AUGCUGUUUGGUGCGAGUGACAGCUAUGAUGGUGAUAAGCUAAUGCAGAUCACACUGUUAUUCAACCACUUUGGUAAGAGAUUAGUUCAAAGAAUGCCAAGAUGCAGGUUUGGUUUUUUCCAUGUGGUUAACAACGACUACACUCAUUGGGAAAUGUAUGCCAUUGGUGGUAGCAAGCAUCCUACAAUUAUUAGUGAGGGCAACCGAUUCACAGCCCCCAACGACAAUAAUGCUAAAGAGGUAACAAAGAGGACCUACGCAACAGAACAAGAGUGGAAAAACUGGCAAUGGAGAUCAAUCAGGGAUGAGCUAGUGAAUGGAGCUUAUUUCAGAGAAAGUGGGCCCGUUUUAAAGAACAGACCCUUCACAAAGAAGGACAUGGUGUCCUCCAGGCCUGGUUCGUAUGUAGUAAGGCUCAGUCGCUACGCUGGGGCCCUAAGAUGCUUUGAGGGCAAACCUUGUUAGACAUCAUCAUCAUCACCACUC